UCUUUUCAAAUCUCAUUUCCCUGCAGUCACUGUUGAGGGAAUGGCUCCGCCACAAAAGAUUCUCUUUCCCCCGGAGAAGAUUUGCAUGGACUGGCAGCAACGACAGAGCGCUGGAGCAGGGCUCUACAACCUGGGGAACACGUGCUUCCUCAACUCCGUCCUGCAGUGCCUGACGUACACACCCCCUCUGGCCAACUACCUGCUCUCUCGGGAGCACAGCCAGUUGUGUCACCAGCAAGGCUUCUGCAUGAUGUGCAGAAUGGAAGCGCACGUUAACAAGGUGCUGCAUUCCUCAGACAGUGCCAUCCAGCCUUGGGAUGUCGUCAGUGUUCUCUCACGAAUAGGAGAACAUUUCGAGCCUGGCAUGCCGGAAGAUGCCCGUGACUUCUUACGCUGUACUGUCAGUGCCAUGCAGACAGCUUGUCUGAGUGGGAGCAGCGACUUGGAUGCCUCUUCUCAACUAACUACAGUUGUCCAACAAAUAUUUGUGGGCUUUCUGAGAUCCAGAGUCACGUGCUUGAGCUGCAACAUGACUACCAAUUUCUACCAGGCCUUCCUGGAUCUUUCUUUGGAUAUACAAGCAGCCUCAUCUGUCACCGCAGCUCUGGAGAACUUUGUGAAACCGAAGCAGCUGGAUGGUGAAAACUGCUUUAAAUGUAGCAAGUGUGACAAGAUGGUUGCCGCCUCCAAGAGCCUUACAGUCCACCACGCACCCAGGGUUCUCACGGUGUGUCUGGAAAGGGCUGAAGAUUUCACCAACAGGAAGAUCAGCAAGGUUGUGGAGUAUCCCGAGUGCCUGGAUCUUCGCCCGUACACAUCUCAGGCAGCUGGGGAACCGCUCCUCUACUGCUUAUAUGCUGUCCUGGUACACAGCGGUGACAGCUGUAAUGAAGGACACUACUACUGCUACACAAAGGCCAGCAACGGACUGUGGUACAAGAUGGACGAUAUGUCUGUGCAUUAUUGUGACAUUGACACAGUUCUCAGGCAACAAGCUUAUUUACUGUUUUAUGUCAGGAAACUCCAAGAAAAUGACUGA